UCUUUUAUACAUAUAUUUCUUGGCGGAAUCCAUUGUUUUCAGCGGUAGCUGUCUCCUUGGCAACGCGUAUCUCUGCUGUCGACAUUCUUUGGAAUUUGAACGCAUUUAUUGUUGUUUUAUGUUAGCUUCUGCUAAGACUGCUGUUACCAGAAUCAAACAUGAAUCGAUUGUCUUAUGUUAUACCUGCACGAUUUCUCAUUUUGGUUGCCCACUUUGUUACAGUUGUAAUGAUUACAUUAUCCAGGGAACGAAAUGUAAUGCAAUCUCUACCUCUAAGUUAUACACCAGAGGAGUACAGCAGUAAGCAAACUGAAUUUGUGGUUGCACUCAGCCUAUCUUAUGUGAUGUUUACCUGUGAAUUCCUUGGAUUCCUCAGUGGUACAACUAUGUUCAUUGGUUCUCAGUGUAUAUUUUCUGCCAUAACCCAUGGCUUUGGUGCUAUUGUCUCAGCUUCCUUCAUCCUCCAGUCAAGUAUUGUCUUCUUCUAUUGGUUCAUUUUUGGAUUCUGCAGUGUCUUACCAACUUUUACAGAAGUGUUAACCGUUUUUGGGGUUCACUGUUUCCAUAGGGGGCUUUACUGAGAGUGUACAGCUACCACUGUGGAGAUGAUGGUUGUGAUAAUGAUGGUGACAUCUUAUGUUGGUAGUGAUGGUGAUAGUGAUAAUAAUAGUUUAAUAAAGAUGGUGGUAGUGAUGGUGGUGGUGCUGGUAGCAAUGACAACAAUGAUCAUGAUUAUAGGCAUACAAACACCCACUCCCCUUCUCCCCCCUCUCUCUCUCACACACACACACACACACACACACACAUUGGGCAUAAAUAUGGUUGUGUGGUUAAAAGUGAUGUAGGUAUGACUGUGCGAAUAAGAAGUUUGUUUCUCAACCACUUAACCAUGUGGUUUCAGCUUCAGUCUUACUGCACAGCAUCUUCUGCUGAGUAAAUUCUGCAGCAGACAGAAACUGAAAUAAGCCC